GAAAAAAAGUGAGACAGGGAGGCCGAGUUAGUGUGUGUUUGUGUGUUAUCUGAGAGUCGUGUGUUGGGUGACUGCAGUGAACGUUAUUAUAUACUUAAUUACAGUUUGUAGUUGUAGUUGUUGUUCGUGUUGCUGUUAGUGUUGGUGUAGUAGAAGCUAUUUUCUUUAGCUUAGCCGUGGCUCCGCGGUUUUGUUUUUUAAGUUCCCUCCUAAAGAAACAAAACAAAAUCCCUCAAAAACUUGUUACGGAAGGUGGGAUCUUCUGAAAGAACCGGCACGGACUUUUGAAAAAGAAAACGGGAGAACUUUUAGAAAACAUUCACAUGCACACAUACACACAAACACACACACAUGUACAAAAUCUGGAGGAAAACUUUCUAUCACCUACCACACGCAUUCCCAUCGCAAACACACACUGUUGAUACAAACACAUACAUACUCGCUCAUACCUACCGAGACUUAAAGACGCACACUUUUUAUAAUUUAUACAGAUGUAUACAGAGCACAGAUUACAAAAUACAGACACGGACGCACAGACUAGAAGCAACGCGCGGGCACGUACAUAAAUAAGAACAAAAUAACCUCCAACAACACCACCACCAUCACCACAACCACCACGAACAACAUGUUGGUUGACAUGGAUAUAUAUAGGCAGUUAUACAGAUAGUUAGACAGUCCUACAUAUACUUACAUAUGAAGGCAACUAUACACACACACACAAGAAUAAAAACAAGUUAGAUAGACAGAGGGAGAGAGAGAGAGAGAGAGAGACAAAGCAUCGAACCAUGUUAUGUUUGGUUUCAGUAAUGCAUUUGCAAAUAGUAUUCACAACAUAAACAUACAAUUUCACACGCACUCACACACAUACACAAUUCCUCCAGCUUUCACUCUGUCAGUCUGUCUGUCUGUCUGUCUGUUGUCUGUCUGUCUGUCUGUCUGUCUCUCUCUCUCUCUUACACACACACACACCACACACACACAUAUAUAUAUGCAUACCUAUAAGCAUACAAGCACAUAAAAACACAUGGAGCUUCAUAUAUGCAUACUUCAACAUUGCGAUAGAAGUUAGAAGCCGGCAAGGUAAGCUAAUAGGAAGUGUAAACAAAAACAUAGUAAUCAUCCAUCCAUCCAUACAUCCAUCAAUCCAUCCAUCCAUACAUACAUACAUACAUACAUACAUACAUAUUUAGGAAUAUAUUUUUUGUGUAUACACAACAACAAGUUUACGCUUCAUGUAGAAACCUAUGCGUGUAUAUAGACAUACAUACAUACCGAUAUGCAUUUACAUAUAUGACUGAUAUGCAUAUUAUAUAUAUAUGCAUUAUAUCUAUAUAACUACCAACGUCCAAACUGUGCACGGAAAACAUUAACAAGGACCGGUAUCAAACAGAAUUAUCAUGAGGACGAGGCCUGUGUGUUUUACUCAGUUAGAGAUUUUACUGAUAUGGCUGAUUGGACUAUUGACGAUAUUACAUGCUUAUGGCAUUCCUGGAAGUGAUCAUGUACAAGAUUAUGAACUAACCUAUCCCUCCUUUGUAAAUCACCAAGGUAUGUUUCAGUCCCAUGAUAUUCACUUAUCACGAAGAAAAAGAAGCACAAACAAAAACAAGAAUUCUGUUUUAUAUCUGCAAAUUACUGGUUUCAACAAUAGAUUUCAUUUUAAAUUGAAGCCAAAUGCAGAUUUGUUAGCCCCAGGUUUUAAAAUAUACCAUUGGAAACGAAACAAAGGAGUUACGGAUGACGUUGGAAACGGCACAGCAUUACAUUUGAAUGUACCUGACUGUAUGUAUGUUGGCAAGGAUAUUUCUAAAACACUGAAGAAAGAUUUGAAAAACACUGCUGCCUUAACACUUUGUGAUGGUGUCCAAGGAAUUAUUCGAACAUUUGAUGAGGAUUACAUCAUUGAACCUUUAAAGGGAACUUUUCAGAAAACAGAAGAUGAGGACAAUGAUGAAAUUAAACUUAAAAGACCACAUCGGAUUUACCGAAGAUCUACAGUAAAUAUGGCGAAGGACCAGUUCUGCGGGACAAAAACUCCAACUGGUAAGACCUCAUCUGCACAGUCGAAAACAUCGCUACCAGUCUUUAACUCUGACUUCAGUAGUAGAAUGAAUUUCCGGUCACGCCGAAAAAGGAAUGCACAGACAACUUGGAAGCAGCCAUUACCAUCUUUGGCAGAUCGUACAGUGGAAACACUUGUUGUUGUCGAUAAAGUGAUGUACAAAAAACACGGCGAAGAUUACAUUACAACAUAUACUUUGACUCUGUUUAAUAUGGUUUCUCAGAUGUAUUUAUUGAAAAGUUUAGGGAUGAAAGUACACAUCGUUUUAGUCGGGCUGAUAUUGCUGGAUGAUGAUGAGCCAGGAUUAAACAUCGGACAUCAUGCUGAUACGACACUAAAUAGCUUCUGUUCUUGGCAAUCUGUACUUGUUGGCGCUAAUGGCCGCCAGCACGAUCAUGCAAUUUUGCUCACCGGUACUGAUAUCUGUUCUUAUAAAGAUGAACCAUGUGACACAGUUGGUUUUGCUCCUAUUGAGGGUAUGUGCAACAGAGUUCGUAGCUGUACUGUUAAUGAGGACACAGGGCUCACCACUGCACUCACAGUCGCCCAUGAGAUAGGCCACAACUUCGGGAUGCUGCAUGAUGGUGAGAACAAUUUCUGCACCCAACAUGUCGGCAAAAUCAUGUCUCCUCAGUUGGUCGCCAAAAAUGGUCGAUUCGAAUGGUCGAGCUGCAGCAAGUCAUACAUGUUUAGAUUCCUCAAUACUCCUCAGUCAGCUUGUCUAAACGAUGUACCCAAAUUUGUGACUGAAAUUGAGUUCCCUACCAAAUUACCUGGAGAAUUAUAUGAUGCAGACAUUCAGUGCAAGUGGCAGUUUGGUGACAAGGCACGAUUUUGUAUAUUUGAUUUUGACAAAGAUUCUUGUAAAUCCUUAUGGUGUUACCUUGGAAAUGAGAGAUGUGAAACGAAAUUCCUACCGGCAGCUGAGGGCACUUCCUGUGGACAUGGUAUGUGGUGUCGUGGUGGUAGCUGUGUUAAAUUUGGCAAAAAUGGCCCUAAACCGAUUAAUGGUGCCUGGUCUAAGUGGACGGAGUGGACAAAGUGUUCCAGGAGCUGUGGUGGCGGUGUAACGUAUCGUGAACGUCAGUGCAAUAAACCUUUCGCUCAGUAUGGAGGGCGGCCCUGCGAAGGAAUUGCUAACAUAUCAAUGAUCUGCAAUAAGAAGAAAUGUCCACUGGGGCAAGAGAAUGAUUAUGAAGCCGAAUGCAAGACUUUCAACAAACGUUCUGUCAAUGGCUGGUUCCUUGAUUGGGAACCACAACGGAAAAUGUACAACCCUCAGGAACCAUGCAAACUUUUCUGCAUGGCUGUAGCAUACAACUAUAGAUUUACAGUAACGCAUCAAGCUGGAGAUGGCAUGAAAUGUAAAAAUACGGGUAACGCUGUAUGCAUUCGAGGAAAAUGCAAGGAUGUCGGCUGCGAUGGAGUAAUCGACUCAAAUGCCUCAAAUGACAUUUGUGGAGUAUGCAAGGGGUAUAACUCUACUUGUCAUUUUGUUCAAGACACUUAUUCUGCACAGUCACCGACGUCCGGUUACUUCCCAGUUGUUGUUCUGCCCAAAAAUGCACGAAAUAUAAAGGUGAGAGAGGAGAGUACAUCAGCAAACUAUAUAGCCAUACGUAAUGUGUUUGGAGAGUAUUACCUGAAUGGAAACAAUCGUGUAGCAUGGUCAGGUAUUUAUUCAUUAGGAAAACAUUCCACUCGCUUUCUUUAUUGGCGUCCUUAUAACAGACCAGAAACUUUAGAAGCAGCCGGACCUCUUGAAGAAGAUAUUGUACUUGAGAUUCUGGCUCAAGGGCACAAUCCAGGAUUACAUUAUGAAUAUAUCGUACCUAAAACGGCUAAGGAAAUGCAUGAGUCCAGAGCGAAAAAAGCGGUUAACUCCCGAAGAUUUAACUGGGCUGUGAAAGUAUCGUCUUGUACAAAAUCCUGUGCGGGAGGCACCAAAGAAAUUGAAGCUAUAUGUUUGUUAAACCAAGACAAAGAAGUUAACAUCUCAUAUUGUGAUAUGUCUGACAAGCCCCAAACCGGAACAGUUGCUUGCAAACAAAAGGCGUGCCCACCAAGCUGGGUACCGGAAAAAUGGAGAACGUGCACUGCUAAGUGCGGAGGUGGGCGUCAAACGCGGAAAGUUCGGUGCCGUGAGAUGGUUUCAGAGAAAAGAUUUCGGCGUAUUCCGAAGAAACGUUGUGAGCACCUAGUGCGACCUCCACGGAAACAAAAAUGUAAUACUCACGACUGUCCACCAAGCUGGGUAACUGGGAAAUGGUCAGAGUGUUCCAGAACAUGUGGCGAAGGACAACGAAGAAGACAUGUUGAAUGCCGCAUCGUUAAUGUGAAACACACCAAAAGACUACAAAGCGAUCACUGUCGACAUUUACCGAAGCCUGAAUCAAUCGAGAGAUGUACCCUUGAGAAACACUGUCCCGGAAGGUACACAUGGAAAAUAACAGCAUGGUCUGAUUGUUCUGCUAAAUGUGGGCUAGGACAUCAGCGACGAUCGAUAUUAUGUGUGAAGACAGAGAAAAACCAAACCAUUUCAGCCUCUAAAGAAUUCUGCAAAUCCAGUGUUUCUUUUGAAGAUGUUCAACUAAAAAGGGAAUGUAAAGGACCUGCAUGUCCAGAUAAAAAAGAAUUGCCUAUGUGGCAGACGUCCAUUUGGUCUGCUUGUUCAGCGACAUGUGGGCGAGGAUUUCAGCGUCGACGAGUUACAUGUGUAGAUCCUGUCUCUAGGACAUAUGUUUCCACUUGUGAUCCAAAAUCAGAACCACGAAGUAGACAACCUUGUGAGAUACAAGCCUGUCAUAUGAGUCAAGACGAUCACAAUAUUCAACACAACUUGAGUAACAGGUACCAAGACAGAGUUUAUCGGACGUGCUAUGACAAAUACAAAUGGUGCCACCUGGUGGUAAAACACAGAAUGUGCGGUCACAAGGCAUAUGCGGCUGUCUGCUGUGCUACGUGUCACAAGAGUGCUAUAGUUCCUAUUAGAUGAUGUGCUAACGAGAGAAAGAAAGAGCGACAGAAACACAGAGUUAUGAAAUUCAUCUUCUGAAACGUUUGUUCAUUCUUGUAAAAAAAAACCAAAAAAACAAAAAAAAACAAAAAAAAAAACAAAGCAAAAGCAAAAAACACAAC